AUGCCCAGCCCUCAGGUCGUUGCGCCUGUCGCCAUGUCGUCGUCGCAGAGGAACAACCUUCGACUCAUGACGUCGCAAGACCUCUUGGCCAAUCUCAACGCCACUCUGGGAAACCAGCGACCCUCGACGCCCGUCCGUCACAUCAAGCCGGACGACUACACGGUGCCCGCGCCGCCGCCGCCGAGCCCUGAGGAGCUCUGGUGCGCCGGCACGUGGGCCCUGACGGCGGCGGCGUGA